AUGAAUGCAACUGCAAACCUCCUCCGGGAGACCACGUCCAACAGCUCCUCAGAUUUGAAUGAAGCUUCUUUGUACUACUUGCUGGAGGAAUGGGCUCUCAACCCACAAGACACAAACAUGAAGAUGUUUUUAAUUCCUCCAGUUGUCUGCCUCGUGGCAGGUGUCCUCAUUAUUCCUUCCAUCUUGUUUGUGAUCUUCUCUAGGUUUAGCAUCAGAAAGGAAACGAGGUACAUGCUGCUGGGGAAUGCUUUGCUUUGUGAUCUGAUAUACCUUUUGUUCUACACGCUGUCAGCUACUCUCAGCGCAGCACACGUAAGUCUCCCAAAGGAAGCCUGUGUUCUACAGUUAUUUCUGCUGGCAGUGGCUUACUGCGGGGGACUGUUCACAGCUGCUGCCAUAGUCUUGGACACGUACAUAGCUAUUUUGUUUCCUUUGCGCUACGUUACUAUUUUGCCUUCUUCACGAACAAAAAAAGUGAUUGUAUUGCUAUGGAUCUGUUCAGGGGUUCUCCCUGGGAUUUUCUUCUUGGUGCUAUCCAGCACUCACAACUUUGUGCCCUGUGUCCUGGAAAUGUGCUCAAUUCCACUAAUAAUAAUAUUAACUCUGAGUGGGACUGAUGCUGUGAAACUCUGUUUCUGGCUGUCUGCUACGGUUAUCUUUCUCUUCCUGUCUCUAAUAUUUUGUUGCUAUGCUAUUCUUUAUUUUAAAACCAGGCAAUCAGGUAUAUGGGAGAGCAUCUGUUCCAGAGCCAGUGUGACAUUCUUAAUGCACAACACUGUGUUGUUCUUUUAUUUCUCUCCAUUCUUGGUUCUUUUUGUAGAAUCAUUCUUGUACGUUAACGUUGUCAUUGGACUGGAGACAGGAAUCUGGGUCUCCCUGACAAUCUGCAAUGUCCUGAUGAUUCUGCCUAAAGUUUUGUUCCCUUUUCUAUAUGGACUUCGAUACAGAGAGAUCUCAGCAUCUCUCAAAUCCAUUGUCAGAGGUAAGCAUCUUCACCUGGUGUCACCUGCUCCAUCACCAUCCUGA